AAAUAAAGCCAUAGAUAGAAUGUAAUCUCAAAUAUUUAUCCAUUUUGUCACCUUCGUUUUUGUUUCCUUGUACCUAUCAUAUCUCCUCCUCUUAAGUCGGUUAACAGAAUCUCUACAUAUUCUCAACCUUAAUUUCUUCCAUUUUCAGUUUCAUCAAUCAUCCAUGGAGUACAGAACCUUAGACCUCACUCUCAUCUCUGCAAAAGGACUCAAGAAUGCCACUCUCGCCGGAAAAAUGGACGUCUACGCCGUCGCUUCCAUCUCCGGCAGCUUUCAAAAGCUUAGAACCCCUGUGAACAAGGGCGCAGGUCCAAAUCCUACAUGGAAUUUCCCCAUGAAGUUUACCGUCGAUGAAGCCGCCGCCAUGCACAACUGUCUGACGCUCAUCGUCAAAAUCAAGGCCGUAGGGAUGUUCGUGAAUAGGGAACAGGGUGAAGUCCAUGUGUCGAUCAAAGAGCUCAUGGAAGGCGUGAAAUCUGAUGGGAGGGCGAUGCAGUUUGUUAGUUAUCAGGUGAGAAGGCCAUCGGGGAAGCCAAAAGGAGAAAUCAGCUUUUCGUAUAAAUUUGGGGAAAAAUUCUCCGGUAAGGCGGAGGAGCCGGUGAUGGCGUAUCCUCCCGGGAGAGCUGUUGGAUCCAGCUCCGGUUAUCCACCGCCGUAUGCUACUGAAUACCCUUCUCGGCCACAGGCUGGAUAUGCGUAUGCUUCUUAUCCUCCUCCUCCACCACCGCCGGUGUACGGUGGUUAUCCUCCGCAACAGCCUCCAAUAAACAACAGAUCUGGCAUGGGUGUUGGAACCGGUUUGUUAGGCGGAGCACUGGGUGGGAUGUUGCUCGGCAGUAUGUUGUCGGAUGCUGGCGGUUGCGGUGGCGGUUGCGGUGGUGGCGGUUGCGGUGGCGGUUGUGGUGGUGGCGGUUGCGGGGGUUCGUGAUAUCAAGUGUCCAAGUUAGGAAAGAACGAUAUCGUAGUUUGGUUUUUUAUAUGAUUUUCGUUUGUGUUAUAAAUGGUUAGAAAUAAUAUCUUAUUUAGUAUAUGAUUUAAAACAAUCUCGUAUUUAUAUUAUAUUAUUAGAAGGGUAAUUACUUAUUGUAGCAAAAUACAUGUUAAUUUUAAUA